AUGGUGGGCUAUACGUAUUUUCGAGAAUCAUCAGGCUGCCUCCAGCAUCUGGGAGUGGCUGGUUUCAGUAACCGGUCCCACCCCAAGCAGUUUUCUCCCAUGCAGACGGUUUACUGGGCUAAGCCGCCUACUGGUUGGGUGAAAGUAAAUGUGGAUGGAUCAGCGUGCGGGAAUCUAAGCUUUUCUGGAGGUGGCAGAAUCUGCAGAAGGGAUGAUGGCAGCUUUGUUUUUGCUUUCUCGUCUGCCUAUGGGGUUGGUUCGAACAACCAAGCGGAGCUUCGGGCCAUCUAUGAUGGUAUUGUCCUCUGUCUGGAUAGAGGAUUUUCAAAAAUUAUAGUUGAAACCGAUUCCAUGGUUGCAGCGGUGCUACUAUCAGGGACUUCAGCCACCCGUUGGAAAUGGAAGCCCUGGGUCGCUAGGAUCAAGAGUUUCGAACAGACAGCUGAAUUUGUCUUCUCGGCAAUUCCCAGGGAAGGAAAUGGCCCAGUUGACGGUAUGGCUAGGGAGGCUAGCGGGAUUCAGGCGUCUCUUGUGACUUCUCAUUAUCAGGACCUCCCUCCCCACAUUCGUGGCCUUUUGUUCUUAGAUAAGGUCGGGUUAGGUGCUGUUAGAGAUACCAACAUGAAGAUGUAA